UUUUUAUACAAUUAAAUAAUAGGUCAAUUCCUCGUUUGGAUUGGAUAAAAUCAUCUUUUUUUAUACUUCCAAGUUCCAAGAUAUAUCACACACAUCAAAUCCCAAACAACUGAGCAACAGCUACUCUCUCUACCAUAUCUCUUUCCUUCUCUUAAUCUCUUCCCGCCGCCGCCGAGCCAAUCUUGUUAUGUCCGCCGACCGCCGCCGAGAACCUCCUCUCUCCACCGCAGCCCUCCGCUUUCCACGCCCCCGCUUCUUUCGGUUCCGCCGCCUGAGGUGAUUUUAAACUAAACAUAAAUAUUACACCAGAAUAUACAGAAAAACAAUUAUUUACACUGCCGGCAAAAUAAUACUCCGCAUAAUCAAUGCCGUCGCCGAAGAGUCAUGGGCGAUUAGGAGGUCCGGCGAAGAGCAGGAAGGGGCGGCCGCCGGAGAAAGCCUCGUCCUUCCACGGCAGGGGCGCCGCCACCGUGGCGGCGGAGAUACUCCCGCGGCCGAGGACGGUGCCGGACUUGCUUUCCGGGACGAGAUCCGCCGUGGCCGCGGCGGCGGAUCCGGCGGCCGGGAAGUUCCCCGCGAGGCUGACGAAGCUGCUGCUGCACGUGACCGUGCAGAGGAGCCCGGGGGCACUGCACGUGCUGAUGCCGCCGGAGGCCACCGUGGAGGAGCUGAUUGCGGCGGUGCUGGGUGAGUACGUGAAGGAUGGGCGGCGGCCUUUCCUCCCGUCGGGCCGGGCUUCGGGCUUUGACCUCCAUUACUCGCAGUUUAGCCUUGAAAGUCUGGAUAGGGACCAGAAACUAAUGGACUUGGGCUCAAGAAACUUUUUCCUUUGCCCAGCGGCGGAGCCCACUGUGGGAAGUUAUGGGGCUGCAGAGGCUACCACGUCAGCUUCAAAUUGUUCAAUAGAAGCUGGCACGCCGACGAAUAAGAAAGGCUUAAAUUGGCUCAAAUUCGUAGAUUUCCUGUUUUGAGGAAUCAUUAUUCAUUAGCAGCAUUUGUCUCCACAACUUGGGGAAUUUCUUUCAUUUCUAUUACUACUACUAUAAGUUUUUCUUUGAACAUGUAAUAUUCGGCGGCUGAGGUCGGCAAAUUAAUAACUAUUAAUUGUAAGAUGAAUGUAACGCAUAUUUGUAUCUUUAUGUGGCCCAUACUAUUGUGGGGACACAGCCAAUUGAACUCCACAGGAAGAUAUAAUAAACUUGCAUAAUUGUGUCAA